UACAUGUUAAUCAGAAGGGAUAACCCAAAGUAUUUAUUGGUCAUCAAAAGUAUGCCCAGUACUUUGGGGGGGGGGGGACUUAAAGAAGGCCUUCACCUAUUUCAAAUUUUAUGUUUAUGUUUUGUCUUUUUUUUUUUAAAGGAUAUUGAAGACAUACAAAACCACCGUGGAGAGCCUAAUGGAGAUGACUAUAGAAAGAUGGGAACACUCUUUGGUGAACUGAAUAAAAACCUCCUCAACAUGGGCUUCACACGGAUGUAUUUUGGAGAAAGAAUUGUGGAACCAGUCAUAGUCCUCUUCUUUUGGCUUAUGCUGUGGUUCCUUGGCCUGCAGGCCCUCGGGCUAGUUGCUGUUCUCUGCCUAGUCAUUAUUUAUGUGCAACAGUAAAAUCAGGCCAGACGAACUGCUGACAUUUGGUUGCCAUAGGUGUAAUUGGUGAAGUUCUAUAUUUCACUACAUGAAAGCCGAAAAGUUUGCCUUGUUUCAAAUUGUGUGCUGUUUUGUAAUUAAAUUUUUAAGUGGAUGUUGUUUAAAAUUUAACUCAAUUAUUGAUUUUAAUAGGGUUUAAUAUACAUUUUGUAGCUUACUCAAAACUCUUGUUUUACUCCUGUGAUCUGUGCCCACUUUUAAAGCCCCCUAAUUCCAAGGCCAAGGUUUAAGUAACGCCAACAGUACCAACAGUGAGCAGGAAAAAUAACAAGAUAUGGAUUUCAAAUUGGACACUAUUGGGCUUGCAAAUAGGUCUAAUGAAACAUUUUAGAAGAAAAAGAAUGAAAUGGGGAUCUAAAAAUAAAUUUUAAUUCAAGAACCCACUAAAUAAUCCAGUAUAAUUUGGGGAAUAUUUGGAUUUCUAUUGUUCCUGCUCACUUCAAACAGUGUAAAUGAUACUGCUCUAUAUUACCUUAAUAUUUUGAGGAAAUAAGGUGACACAUUUUUCAAAAGAAAAAAGAAUACAUACAUACAUAUAUAUAU